AUGCAAGAUAUAAAGUCCGUUAAAAUGACAAUCAUGAACGGAUUGGAACUUCAGUGUGCUAACUCAAACUGUUUACCAUUCGUUACUACUACUGCGCCAAACAUCCUCCAAUGUCAAAUUCACUGUUUACGGCAAUCCCAAUGUAAAGCAACCACUUUUCAAGAGACAACUUACAAAUGUCAAUUGUUUAACAACAGCGCAGAUCACAAUAGCAAUUUGCAAGCAAACAUACAAGCCACAACAAUGAUAGUCAUCUCCGGAACACGAAUUCCACUAGGUUAG